CCGUACAGGUCGAUGACCUCAUCGUCUGGCAUCCGGAUGCGUGUGAGAUCUGUUAUGGGCUUUUUUGCCGAUAUAACCUCGGACUCGACCCCACAGGCUGUCAAGAACACAUCUCUUUCGACCCUCAAGAUCUGGGUUGGCGGAUUUGGCCGUAACGUUAAGGCUAAGAAACCUUAUAUCCUAUCAGAGGAGUUAUGCACCCUCCUCUACCCAAAUGCCAAGAUGUCAGCGGCAGUUCCCAAGGAAGUGGCUGCACCCAUUAUUGCCAAGAUAAGGGAAGACACGCAGUCCUUGCCUGAAGAUCUUGAGGGACUAGGGGAAGAAGUGUUAGAAGACGUGGCGGCCAUCAGCCUUGACAUAGAACCAAUGGUUCUGGAUGCCAGCGAUCAAGGUAGGGAGGUAAGUGGGGCAAGUAGUGUGCGGUCUAAGAUUCCUGUUCUUAGCCCUGCACCAUCUUUAACAUCUUCUCAUGCUUCUUUUCAAGGGUUUACUGCAAAGACCCUGGUUGGGGACAAACCAGGCUCAGUAAUACCAAAAGUCAAACACUUGAGGAAGGCCUUAUCUAAGCCAAGUAAACCAUCUAGGUUACCGAGACUUACCAAGUCAUUAAAUGCAUCUAAGUCUUCGAGAUUCCGGUAG